GAAGAGUGGGCGGUAACAGGACAUCCUUGUCUAGAGAAGGUGGUGAAGGAGAGGAAAAGAAAGAGACCAUAGACUUCUACCUCGGCCUAGAGCGGUCCUUAAAGUGCUGGGGAGAGGAGGGCGGGCGGGGACCACCCCAGAACUAGUCGCCGGCGGUAUCAUGGCGUCCCGGAACCCCCCUCCCCAAGAAUAUGAAAGCGAUGACGAGUCUUACGAAGUGUUGGAUUUAACUGAGUAUGCAAGAAGACACCACUGGUGGAAUCGAGUAUUUGGCCACAGUUCGGGACCUCUGGUAGAAAAAUACUCAGUAGCUACCCAGAUUGUAAUAGGUGGCGUGACUGGCUGGUGCGCAGGAUUUUUAUUCCAGAAGGUUGGAAAACUUGCAGCAACUGCAGUAGGUGGUGGCUUUCUUCUCCUUCAGGUUGCCAGUCACAGUGGCUAUGUGCAGAUUGACUGGAAGAGAGUUGAAAAAGAUGUGAACAAAGCAAAAAGACAGAUUAAGAAGCGAGCGAACAAAGCAGCGCCUGAAAUCAACAACGUAAUUGAAGAAGCAACAGAAUUUAUCAAGCAGAACAUUGUGAUAUCCAGUGGCUUUGUGGGAGGUUUUUUGCUAGGCCUGGCUUCUUAAGGACUUAAAUGCUCUGUCUUACUGAUCCUGACUGUGAGAAGAGAAGUGGUGGUGACAGCACAUGCCAUCAGAGUCUCCAGAGUAAGGAACAACCAACGAGAUGGACAAUUCAAGUGCAACAGCUUAGCAUUCUGCCAUCUGAAGCUUGGCGGGCUAGUAUCUGCUGUAAAACAACCAGUGUGGGAUGUGAAUCAUAUUCUUGAGCAGAUCGUGGCUUUUGCCAUUUUUUUUUAAUUUACAUCUGUUUAGAAACACCUAUAAAUAUCACCAUUGGAUAUAGAUAAGGGGAGAGGGAUAAGAAAAGAAAAAUCUAUGUAUACUGUCCAAUGAAAUAGUACCCUGUUUUUAUUUAAAUGUUCUUCUUUCUGUUUUAAUUAUUGUGCCAAUAAUUGUCUCAUAGCGUCAAUAUUAGGACUAACUUUUUAAAAGAUGUGUUUGCAAUAAACUGAAGAACUGUAGUGCCAUUUCGUGGAAGGCUUUAGAAAUAAUAGAAUUGUUAAAGAUACUAAACUCUUAUGUACAAAUUUUUAUGUUGUGUGCCCCCGCCCCAUUUUUCUUACUUUGCUUAUAGAGUAACUUUACAUUUCAAAGAAGGCUCCUCUAAGGAAAUACGACAUGCCUGAAGCUAUUUUUCCUUUUCUAGUGUCCACAGUUUUUAAAGUACCUUCCAAUAUGUUAGCUUCUAAUUCCUUGGUUUUAUAUUAUUUAUUUAGCCUGACAGCCUGGGCAGAGAGAACACAUUAGUUAUGUCAUUGAUAUAGUUUAUUGACCUCAAAUGUGUUUCAUUUUUAUUUCUAAAAAUCCUAUUAUUAUUGGUCCUUUUCUUUACCAAGAGGUACAAAUUACUUUAAAAUACUUAGUGAUAGUACAUACAUUUACUGUCUGAAGAAUUGUGUUUUUUCUGUCUAAUUAUAAAAUUAUAGCUUAAAAAGAAUUGUCUCCUGGGUGGCAUGUGAGACGUGAGUACUAAGACUCGUAGGCUUUGGAAGCAUUAUGUUGCUUGAACACCAGGUCACUUAGCUUGUUUCUCAGCCAGCAUCACACUUGCUCACAGUAUUCUUUGUUCAAGAAAAGCUUUUUGUAUUGUUAGUUUUGCCCAUAGAGCUCUAGGUUGAUGUUGGGCAAAAAGAGCAGAGCAGUAUAGAUUGGAGUCCCUCAGAAUGGAAAGACUCUAGAUACUCUAUCUCCUUUAGCUAGGAAGCCUCCAGAGUAUAUUUUGCGUAUUGUAAACGUGACAUUUUAUGUUUUCAAUAUUGGUUACAAAUGUGCUUUUCAUGAGACUCCUUAAAAUCAAAUGUUGAAUCGUUCUUUAAUUUCUUUUAUUCUCAUUAGUGCCUCGGCUAAAUAAAAUUUGGACUUUCUUAAUAUGAA